AUGAUCGUUCAUUACUCCUCCAUUCCAGAUUCAGUUUCUUGUAUGGCGGAGCUCCUCUUCAACAGCAUCGCUCUCAGUGGCCGCGCUGGAACUAAUGCAGGGCAACUUAAGGUACAUUCAGGUGGAAUAGUAUGGAAAAAGCAGGGCGGCGGGAAGACAGUGGAAGUUGAUAAAAGUGAUUUGAUAGGGCUUACCUGGAUGAAGAUUCCUCGAACAAAUCAACUUGGAGUUCGGACAAAAGAUGGCCUUUAUUAUAAGUUCACUGGCUUCAGGGACCAAGAUGCUACCGGCCUGACUGCAUUUUUCCAAUCCAACUAUGGGAAAACACCAGAGGAGAAGCAGUUUUCUGUCAGUGGAAAAAACUGGGGGGAAGUUGAUUUAAAUGGAAAUAUGCUUACUUUCCUUGUGGGAGCUAAACAAGCAUUUGAGGUUUCCCUAGCAGAUGUUGCACAAACCCAACUUCAAGGAAAAAAUGAUGUCAUGUUAGAGUUUCAUGUAGAUGACACUACUGGGGCCAAUGAGAAAGAUUCUUUAAUGGAAAUAAGUUUUCACAUCCCGAAUUCGAACACUCAAUUUGUUGGUGAUGAAAGCUGCCCUCCAGCUCAGGUGUUCCGGGACAAGAUUGUUUCAAUGGCAGAUGUUGGAGCGGGAGGUGAAGAAGCCGUUAUUACUUUCGAUGGAAUUGCUAUACUCACUCCUCGUGGGCGAUACAAUAUUGAACUUCAUCUCUCCUUUUUGCGCCUACAAGGACAAGCCAAUGACUUCAAAAUUCAGUAUAGCAGUGUUGUUCGUGUUUUCUGGUUGCCAAAGUCUAACCAGCCGCAUACCUUUGUGGUUGUAACUCUAGACCCACCAAUUCGGAAGGGGCAAACUUUGUAUCCACAUAUUGUGAUGCAGUUUGAGACAGAUGCUGUGAUGGAUGCAGCCCUGUCAAUGAGUGAAGACCUUUAUAAUGCCAAAUACAAGGACAAACUAGAGCUUGCACAUAAGGGACUCGGACAUGAGAUCUUUGUGGCAAUUCUGCGUGGUCUGUCGGGUGCCAAGGUGACAAGACCAGGGAAAUUCCGUAGUAGCCAAGAUGGUUAUGCUGUGAAGUCGUCCCUUAAAGCUGAAGAUGGAGUUCUUUAUCCUCUUGAAAAAAGCUUCUUCUUCUUACCCAAGCCGCCUACGCUCAUUCUCCACGAGGAGGUGGAAUAUGUGGAAUUUGAGAGGCACACUGCUGGAGGUUCAAAUAUGCAUUAUUUUGAUUUUCUGAUUAGACUUAAGACCGAGCAGGAGCACCUUUUCCGAAACAUUCAGAGAAAUGAGUACCAUAAGCUCUUUGAAUUCGUCCAAAAUAAAGGGCUGAAGCUGAUGAAUUUGCCAACAACUCAGGCAACAGAUGGCGUUGCAGAUGUUCUUCAUCAUGCUGAUGAUGAUGCUGUUGACCCACAUCUUGAGAGGAUAAAAAAUGAAGCAAUCAGUGAUGAGGAGGACGAGGACUUUGUUGCUGACAAAUAUGAUGAAGGCUCCCCAACAGAUGAUUCUGGGGAAGGGGAAUCCGAUGCCAGUAAAAGUGGAGACGAAAAAGAGGCACCAACCAAAAAGAAACCCAAAAAAGAACCUUCCCUUCCCAAGGCAUCAUCAAGUAAGAAAAAAGCUAAAGAGGGUGAAGACGAGGGAUCCAAGAAGAAGAAACAAAAGAAGAAAAAGGAUCCAAAUGCACCAAAGAGGGCAAUCAGUGCCUUCAUGUUCUUCUGUCAAACUGAAAGAGAGAAUCUCAAGAAAACUCAUCCUGGAAUCUCCUUUACAGAAGUGGGCAAAGUUCUAGGUGAAAGAUGGAAUAAAAUGACAGGUGAGGAGAAAUGUCCGUAUGAAGCUAAAGCUCGAGCAGACAAGAUACGUUAUAGCGAUGAGAUCGCUGACUAUAGAAAUCCGCAAACCACUAAUGUAGAUGCCCCUCGCACCUCUAAUUACUUCAAACAUUAGCUUUGCUAACUUAUAUAGCUUAUACAUGUAUUUAUUUUUCUGUUUUUACCAACAUUGGAUACAUAUGUCUUCGGAAUUAAUAUAGAAAUGCUAUUUUGAUAAUAUAAAGCUAGUUGAUUAAUAUAUGUCUUCGGAAUUA